GAGGUGCUGAAUCCCGACCCAUGAAUUUUCGAGUGGGUUUUGUACACACAGGAGAAUCGCAGCAGCAUGGCUUCUUUGGACUUUCCACAUGUGGUGAUAAAGCUCGAAGACGAAGAGGUCCCCUGGCUGCCAAAUAACCAGGGAUCGGAGGAAAGUGAGACCUUCACAGCUACCUGCUCAGGAUUCGCCAUUCCCAAAUCUGAGGUGGUCCAUGGGGGAGAUCCGUGGAUUCCGGAGCCUGUUUCAGAGGAAAGGGAGAUCCCAACGGAUUAUGGGUCAGAGCUUCCUGAUGUGAUCGUGAAGCUGGAGGAAGAAGAGGAGCCAUGCGUUCCGUAUCACCCAGGCUCAGAGGGAAUCAAAAUACUCCACGGGGCCCACUCAGCAGGAGAUGGCCGUGAAAGAAUCCACCUGGGAGAAACUCCGUAUUAUUCAGGGUUUGGGAAAAGUAUCAGCAUUAACCCAGCUCUUAUCAAGCAAGAAACACAGAACGCAGUGGAGAAGCCACACAAAUGCUCGCGCUGUUCAAAAAGCUUCAUGAAAAGAUCCAACCUCCGCACCCACGAGAGGAUCCAUACGGGAGAAAAGCCGUUCCGGUGUUCCGAGUGCGGAAACAGCUUCAGCGAUGGGUCCAGCCUGAUCAGGCAUAAGAGGAAACACACCGGGGAGAAACCCUACAGCUGCUCGCAGUGUGGGAAAAGAUUCAACCAGAGUUCCAGCCUCAUCAGGCAUGAGAGAAGCCACACAGAACAGCGGCCUUACAAGUGCUUGGAGUGCGGCAAAAGGUUCAACCAGAGUUCAACCCUGGUUCGACAUCAGAGGAUCCACCGAGAACAGAGACCAUAUAAAUGCUCAGACUGUGGCAAGAGAUUCAUUCAGAGCUCCAGCCUCCUUGCGCACGAGAGAAUCCACUUGGGGCAGAAACCUUACGGUUGUGCCGUCUGCGGCAAGGGCUUCGUUCAAAGAUCGAACCUCCUUAUCCAUGAGAUGAAGCACACCGGUCUGAAACCGUUCAAGUGCGCUGACUGCGGGAAGGGGUUCAACCAGAAUUCCAGUCUCGUCAUACACAGGAGGAUCCACACGGGAGAAAAACCGUACAACUGCUCCCAUUGCGGACGACGUUUCAGUGACAAAUCGAGCCUCAAUAAACACGAGAGGGCUCACCGAGGAGACAAACCAUACAAAUGCUCGACUUGCGGGAAAAGCUUCGUGCGGAGGUCUCAUCUUCUCACCCACGAAAGGAUUCACACUGGAGUGAAACCAUUCAAGUGCUCGGACUGCGGGAAAAGCUUCAGUAGCCGAUCGCACCUCAUAAGGCACGAGGGGACGCACACUGGAGAAAAACCCUACGACUGCUCUUUCUGUGGGAAGAGCUUCAACAGGAAAUCGAACCUGACGAACCACGAGAGGACCCACACGGGAGAGAAGCCCUUCAAAUGCUCAGACUGUGGCAAGAGCUUCAGUGACCGGUCGAGCCUGAUCAAGCACGAGAGGAUCCACACGGGCGAGAAGCCGUACAGCUGCUCGGCCUGCGAGAAGAGCUUCAGUGACAAAUCGAGCCUCAUCCGCCAUGAAAGGAUUCACACAGAAGAGAAGCCGUAUAAGUGCUCGGACUGCGGGAAGGGGUUCAAUCAGAGCUCCAGCCUCAUUGUGCACGAGAGAACCCACACGGGGGAGAAACCAUUUAAAUGCUCAGACUGCGGGAAGGGCUUCAUUAGGAGAACAAUUCUUAACAAGCAUGAGAGAACUCAUGUGGGAGAGAAACAGUAAUGUGGGGGGACAGCCUGAUAUGACGAUGGAGCGUAUCUUGUUAAAUACAAGUGUGUUCUUGCAACACACAGGAGCCAGUAUAUGAUGUUGGCUCUCAGAUUAACUAAAGAAGACAUUGAAGGUCCUUGACAUAUCUCUCAAAUUUUCACCCAGUGGCAGCUGGGUAGAAGCUGAUUUGGACUGCUACUAGCAAAAGAUGUUAACACUGUUUCCCUAUGCAAUCUCUGCCCCCCUUCCCCUGCCCUUUUCUUGAUAUAAUGCAGCUUUCAGGAUAUGCUAUUUGCCCCAACAGGGAAAAUGUACAUUUCCCCCUUCUGGGAGUAAACAGUGCCUCCGGAGGGAGCUGAUUCCCAUCUGGAAAACUCAGUUAUUUGACACUUGGGGGGGCAACAGUGGGAGGGCUUCUGGAGUUCUGGCCCCACUAGUGGACCUCCUGAUGG